AUGGCCGCUAAAGAUGCUGCACAAAAAGAAAAAGAAUCACACAAAGAACAGAUCUAUUAUUCGGAUACAUAUAAAGAUGAAAUGUAUGAAUAUCGUCAUGUUAUUUUGCCCAAAGAAAUUGCAAAGAAAGUACCGAAAGGUCGAUUAUUAACUGAACAUGAAUGGCGUCAUCUUGGCGUUCAACAAUCACUUGGUUGGGUUCAUUUUAUGAUUCAUGAGCCAGAACCACAUAUUUUGAUAUUUCGCCGUUCACUCAAGAUUAGUCAACAAGUUCAACAACAACGAGCGGCAGCAGCAGCAGCAGCAGCUGCUCAAGCUCAACAACAACAGUACAAUGUCCUACAUAUGAAAUAG